AUGUCAACAUCUUUCAUUGAUGAUGACUUUUUUUCCUGCUCAUCUAAGUCCUCUUCUGAUAUAAGUUAUGCCAGUGCUUUUGCUCACGAUGUUUCAAUUUCUCUCUAUGCUCAGCUAACCAACUUAAUGUCUUCUAACUGUAAAAAUAACCUGAAUAUAGUGCAUAUUAAUGCCCAGAGUGUCCCUGCUCACUAUGACGAUCUUUUGUCUGCUUUUGACUCCAAGAUCGUUGAUGCAGUACUUAUUUCUGAAUCUUUUCUGAAGCCUCCCUUGCUAUCUACUCAGUUUUCCUUGCCUGGCUUCAGACUUAUUCGAAAUGAUAGGGUGGGGGCUGGUGGUGGUGGAGUGGCUAUUUAUCUACGGAUGGAUAUCUCAUAUAAAAUUAUUGAACAGUCUCCUAGUAUUUAUUCACAAUCAGCUGAAUACCUCUUUAUCGAAAUUAACUGUCAUUACUCUAAAUUAGUUCUCGGCGUAUAUUAUAGUCCUUCCUGUCACAUCGACUAUUUCUCCUCUUUUGAAAGCAACUUAGAAAACCUAUCAACUCUUUAUGACCAUACCAUCAUUCUUGGUGACUUUAAUACUUGUUUAAUUAAGGAUGAUCAUCGCUCCCAUAAACUUCGCUCUAUAAUUUCAUCUGUAAAUCUACAUUUACUUCCGUUAUCAGCUACUCACCAUGCCCCACACAGCUCCCCAUCCCUACUUGACCUUAUUAUUGUCACUAAUCCCGAUAAUGUGGACACCUUUGGACAAACACCUUCCCCAUUUUCCUACCAUGAUCUGAUUUUCGUUUCCUAUAAACUACGUAUGCCCAAACGUCAUUCUAAAUUUCUCUUCCUGCGUAAUUUCAAGGGUAUUGAUUUGAACCUACUGAGUUCCGAUGCAAGGAAAAUCGAUUGGUCCCCUGUUUUAGACUGCCCUGAUAUUGAUGGUAAAGUUGCAGCCUUAAAUAGUAUCCUAAUUCACCUCUACGAUGUUCAUGCUCCUCUACGACGUAUUAGGGUUAAACAUCUUCCAGCUCCUUGGUUAGAUGAAACAAUAAAAACUUUUAUGGCUAAACGUGAUAGAGCCAAGAGGAAGUAUAGGAGGUCUCCGACGGAAUAUCAAUUAUCAAAAAUGCCCAGGCCUGAGUGCGAAUCCUUCUCUUUCAGCAUGAUUACAGAGUGUGAUGUUAAGAGGCACCUCCUUACCAUUUCUUCCAAAGCGACGGGUGCUGACGGAGUAGGCACACAAAUGUUGCACCCUAUUAUGGAUGAACUUGUAUCAAUUAUUACACAUAUAAUAAAUUUUUCUCUUGAUACAUGUUCUUUUCCAGAACUUUGGAAGAAAGCCUACAUCAUUCCUGUCCCUAAAACAUCUAAUCCAUCUACUCUAACUGAUUUUAGACCUAUCUCGAUUCUACCCGCUUUGUCAAAGUUAUUAGAGCAAAUAGUUCAUAAACAAUUGUCCGUAUAUCUGUCUAGUAAUAAUCUGCUAAGUCCUUUGCAAUCUGGUUUCCGCCCUGGUCACAGUACAGUCAGUGCUCUUGUCAAAGUCACUGACGACAUACGCCGGGCUAUGGACAACCACUCCCUCACACUCCUUGUUCUUCUAGUCUUUAGCAGUGCCUUUAACUCUGUAGAUUAUGAUAUUCUUUUAAAUAUCCUUUCAUCCCUUAACAUAUCUCCACCUGUAAUCAAUUGGUUUAACUCUUAUCUUCGGGGUCGACUGCAGUGUGUUCGCCAUGCACACGUUGGUUUACGGGGCAAUGAAGAAGCAGAUCGUUUAGCUAAACUGGGCAUAGAGAAAGGUAGGGAACAUCAGUCAUUACCACAUUUUACUGAUUAUAUAUCUAAAUUAAAAAAUCAAUGUCAAAAAGAUUGGAAAGAAUAUUUUAACGAAAUUUCAAAAGAAAAAGGCAUUUGGUACAAAACUAUUCAGGCUGAACCUCCACAUAUUCCUUGGUUUUGUGGAAUUAAAAUCAAUAGAUUUACGUAG